AUGUUAAAACGAACAAUUUCAUCAAUUUAUUUCAUUACGAUUAAUAAUCGUCGUUUAUUUUCAUUAACAACUAUAUUAAAUCGACAACAACAAAAAAAUAUAAAUGAAAUUAAUAAUCAACAUCGUCAAUUUGAACGUUCAUCAAAUUUUAAAAAUCGAUUACAACAAAAUAAAAAUAAAGAAGAAGAUCUAGAUAUUAAAAAAUCUCGAUUUAAUAAAUAUAAUAUUAAUCGAUUACAUUCAAAAAAAUCUAUAGAUGAUGAUGAAAAUGAUAUAUUUGCUGAAGAAAAAGAUAAUUUAACAAUACUUGGAACAGAUAAAAAAGCUUUUUCUUCAUCAUUAACAACUCAUCAUACUGAAAAACCAAGUACAACUGCUAUUUCAUUGAACAAAAAAACUGAAACUUUAAAUAUUCCACUUGAAGUAUUAAUUCAACCUGAUUUACGUGAUCUAUAUACAGAUGAAGAUAUUCAUCAAUCUCUUGAACUUUAUAUUAAUGAAAUGUAUCCAUCACUUCGUCCAUUUACAUUUGAUUUAGCUUAUUUAAUUAAUGAAUCAUCAACAUUAAAACGUUUUAUUGAAAUGGGUGUUGAUGUUUAUCGUUGGAAUCAACCAAAUUCAAAAGCAAAAUAUAUUUUAACACUUAAUUUUGAACGUGAUUGUAUUCAACAUCUUGUUUUUCUUAAUGAAUUAGGUAUUAAAAAUAAAGAUCUUACUCAAUAUCUUAGUUAUAAUCCAUGGAUAUUUAAAGAAAAUCUUGAUGAUUUACGUGUACGUAUAAAUUAUCUUGAAAGUAAAGGUUUUAAUCAAGAAAAUAUUCGUGAUAUAGUUAUUCGUGCACCAUUCUUAUUAAAUUUAAGUACAAAAAUGAUUGAAACAAAAUUAAAUUGGUUUAUAAAAAAAUUUCAUUUAAAUCAUAAUAAUAUAAAUGAAUUUAUUAUACGUUCACCUAAACUUCUUACUUUACCAUUACAAGAUAUUAGUAAUACAUAUUUUAAUAUGAAUAAACUUUUAGGUUUUGAACAUAAUGAAUUACAAAAAUUAUUUCAUCAAUAUCCAAAAUUAUUUAUAUAUGAUUAUAAAUUAAUUGAAUUAAAUUUUGAUUUUCUUUAUAAUGAAAUGAAUAUAACACGACAACGUUUAAUUGAUUAUCCACCUAUACUUAAACAAAGUUUUCAACAAUUACGUAUACGUUGUUUAUAUUUAAAAUAUUUAAAACGUCAACAAUUUGAUCCAACAAAACCAAAUUUUAUUUCAUUAAAAGAUCUUUGUUUAAAAACAAAUGAUCUUUUUUGUCAAUAUGUUACAAAAACAUCUAUACAACAUUAUUUAAAUUUUAUUAAAACAUUGUAA